GCGGUCCCGCACCCCCGCCCGCCGACGCGCGCGCGCGGCUACCUCCUCUGCCCUCCUCGCGGGGACGCAUCUGCGGUUCCCGGCAGCCAAUGGGCCCGCGUCGCUGCGUCGCCUGGGGCGCCGCCGCUGCUGAUCGCUACCUACGUAGGUACUACUCUCGCUGCUGGACGAUGGGUGCGCAGGUAGGCGGGUGAGCAGAGUGGGGAUGCGUGUCUGGGGAAGCGCCGCGUAGGGCAGGGACGGCGCGCGCUUGCGUAGGCAUGUGUGCGCGUGUGGUCCGCGGCGACGGGCGGUGCGUGAAGGUGAAGAAGAAGAGGACGAGGGAGAUGGCAGUGCCUAGGAGGUAGGAGAGGGGAUAAAUACGCGGCCAGGUAGGCUGACUUUUCCGCUCCCCAAGCUGUCUAUUAAGCCGUCUUCUCCUUUGUUUCUGUCCUCGUAUCUACCCUUGCCCCGGGUCUCUCGUAAGGUAGCUAGCGCACUGGACAGGAGAGGAGCGUUGGCUAUACCUGCUUGCCUAAUACUUCUAUCUAAUACCUGAGGUGCCUGUCAACUUAGUCUAUUCUCUAUUGGUGUUGCUAUUUUUCCCUCUUUCUUUUCCCUCGAGACGUCGCACGUAACCAGCAUACCUUGGCCAUACCCUUUCCCCCGGUACCAGAAUAUCCGGAGACAUGAAGACGUGUAAUAUACUCAGCCAGCUUGGUCUGGCUGUCCUAAUUAGCCUUUCCCUCUUCACCACGGUAUCGCGUGCGCAGGCCGCUCGAAAUACCUCCUCUUCCCCCAAUGCCGGGACGGCCGCGGGCUCGGUCUUUAUCACGCCGACGCGGAACCUCGCCUUCGCGCUCAACGUGCCGGAUGACUCUGCCACGGAUCUGUACUUCUCGUUAAUGAUCCCCAUGGGCGUAAGCUGGGGUGCCGUGGGGCUGGGGUCGGACAGGAUGGCGGGCGCGCUGGUGCUCGUAGCGUACCCCUCGGCAUCCGGGCAGAACGUGACGCUGUCACCGCGCCUCGCUUUCGGCCACUCGGAGCCCGAGCCCGCGCCCGAGAUCGAGGUCGAGGCCUUGCCGGGCACGGGGCUCGACGCCAACGGCACCACGUACGUCUUCCACGGGCGCUGCGCCAACUGCCGCGUCUGGCCCGGCGGCAGCGUCGACGUCGCCAGCGCCGCCCAGAGCAUGCUCUACGCCACCGGCCAGUCCGGCAACUACCUCAAGAGCGACGCGGUCGACGCCCCGCUGCGCAUGCACUCCACCUACGGCACCUUCACCCUCGACAUGGUCCGCGCGACGGGACCCGCCGGCGUCCCCGCCGUCGACAGGUCCGCGGACAGCCCGCUCGUCAGCACGACGCAGGGCCUGGCGAAGGAGGGCAAGCGGGACGUCGCGGCGCUGGCGCACGCCGUCAUCAUGUGCCUCGUCUUCGCGGGGCUGUACCCCUUCGGCAUGUUCGUCCUGCGGCUCGGCAACUGGGUCCGCUGGCACGGCGUCAACCAGGCGCUCGCGCUCGUCUUCGUCGUCGUCGGCUCGAGCCUCGGGUUCGCCAUCAGCGGGUCUUACAACAGGUCCAGGAAGUUCAACACCGCCCACCAGGCCAUCGGCCUGCUCGUCUUCCUCUUCACCUUCGUGCAGUUCGCCCUGGGCUUCCUGCACCACCGCAACUUCAGCAAGACGAAGCAGCCGACCAAGAUGGCGCCCGUGCACGUCUGGCUGGGCCGCGCGAUCCUCCUCUUUGGCGUCAUCAACGGCUUUCUCGGCUUCCCGCUCGCCCAGGCGUCCCAGUACAGCUACGUCCUCGCCGGCCUGAUCCUGUUCGUCUUCCCGGCCCUGAUCCUCGUCCUCGUCACCAAGAAGUUCAUCCAGAAGCGGUGGAGCCGGAGCAAGGGCUCCCCGUCCGAGGCCGCCGGGUACGCGAUGGAGCCCUGGCAGCCGCCGGCCGGCGCCCAGGGCCUGCCCGGGCAGAACGCGAGCUUGCCCCCCAGCAGCUCCUACCGCCCGCACCACACACCGGCCGCGCGGCCCGACCUGAGCCCGCAGCAGAACGCGCGGGAGUACGUGUGAGAGCGCGGAGGGGGGGGAAGGGC